AUGUCGUCCUACGGCGCUGCUUUGCCCUCUGCGGCACGCGGAAUCCUUUCAUCAUGUUGCUCAACCUUCAGCGAGAAGUCAAUGACUCCCGCUUUGUCAAUUUUCCAGCAAGUCCGCGGCUUCAAGAACAACGCGCAGAAGGGCAAGGGGAAGAAGAAGGAAGUCAAGACGGACCGCAAAGGACCCCGAGAGUUUCGACAGAAGAAUCUGAAGGAUAUGCAGCAGUUUGCUCUGUGCGAUGCGAUGCGCUAUCUCCGGGCUAUGGAAGUUGGCCGCGAAAGCACGGUCACAAAAUACGAAAUCCACAUUCGCAUGCGGACAAGGAAAGACGGCCCCGUCAUUCGAAACAUGAUCCGAUUCCCUCACGCUGUUCAAACCGAGUCCCGUAUCUGUGUCAUCUGCCCUCCGGGGUCCAAGCAAGCGAAGGAUGCGAUUGCCGCUGGUGCCGUUCUUGUCGGCGAAGAUGAAGUCUUCGAGGCAAUCAAGGCUGGGAAGAUUGAAUUUGAUCGGUGUCUUGCUCAUCCCGACAGUUUACCGGCGCUGAACAAGGCCGCACUGGGCCGUGUGCUUGGUCCCCGUGGUCUGAUGCCGAGCGUGAAGACGGGUACUGUGGUGGAAGACGUCGCAUCUCGUGUCGAGGAUCUCCGAGGAGGUACUGUUUAUCGUGAGCGUGACGCUGUCAUCCGUCUUCCGAUCGGCCAGCUCGGAUUCUCCCCGGAGCAGCUCCGCGACAACCUGCGCACAACCAUCGAGUCAAUCAAGAAGGAUGCUGCCGGCCUGAACGACCGCAUCAACAAGGAGAUCUACGAAGUUGUACUGAGCUCAACCAACGGCUCUGGCUUCAGCUUGAAUGGAGAGUUCAAGACUGACGACUCCCCAGAAUCCUCGGCCUUGACCGGCGUGUAA